UAAUUUGAAAUAAAGUUUAUUUGUUUACAUUUUGUAUAAUUAUUUUAUGAUUGAUAAAAACUUAAAACCAUCAAAAAUACAUUAAAAGAUGAAACGAGGGAGCGAAAAAAUGGACAUAAACGAAGAGGACAUGAUUAUAGGUUCAAAAAGGCGAAAAGAAGCAAACGAGCCGCUGGAAUUUGGUUUCUCAGCCUCGGAUUCAAAUGUGGAAAUGGGGCUUCAAAACACCUUUGUAGAACGUAAUUCUAAUCCAGUUGACUUUUCUUUAUCAAAUGCCAAUUAUUUAAGCGAGAAAACACUUCAGCAGGAUCAUGAAAUGGAAUUCGAAGAUAACAUUAUACAAGUGACAGAUGAUUCCAAGGACACCAACUUGCAUCUGGCUGCAUGUAAUUUUUUAAAAAAACCUGGACAAGUUUACCAUUUAUAUGAAAGACCUUGCGGACAAAAAUACUUUAGCAUGCUAUCACCCCAAGAUUGGGGCGAUAAGGCGCCUCACAAAUUCCUGGGAAGUUGGUUUCUGGAAAACAAUCAAAGUUGGACGCCAGUGAAUUGAAAAAAAAUAUAUAUACUAUUGGACCAGGAUGCAAUCUAAGGAAUAAGGGACAUUUUAAAAUUGAUCUGGAAAAAUUGAGAAAUAGAGCAAAGAAAGUUGUUUGGUUUUGGUUCAUGUGUCCUUAUCACUCUUACAUUAUAUUUCAUAAGAAAUAUUUGAUAAUAAUAAAUUAUCG